AUGGCGAUGAACGCGACAUGGAUCCCACUCGAGGACUCUCUCACUCUUCUGAGCGAGAGAACAUGGCUUAGCGGCGCAGUUCUGACAGGUGUUGGAUAUGGCGUUGUGCUGACCAUGUAUUUCCUGUGUGUCCGCCAGCUCCUGAAGACCAUGGACAGCAGCAAUCGCAUUCAAAGAAUUGCACUGCUUACCUAUACGUCCCUGAUCACACUCUUUGGCACACUCUUUGUUGCUGCAUGUACGCGGAUGACAGAACUCAGCUUUGUUGACUACAGGCUCUAUCCCGGCGGUCCUGCCGCGUUUGAGAACGACAUGUUCUCGAUUCCUGUAGAUGAGCUUGGAAAUGUCGCGUUUGUUCUUGCGAACUGGUUUGCUGACGCGCUCAUGGUCUGGAGGUGCAUCAACAUGUAUCGCAGCACCAAUUAUCCGACCAUUCUGGUGGUCGCAAUUCCAGGAAUUGCCUACCUGGGCUCUUUCACGAUGGGAGUGAUGUGGCUUCUCCAAGUGUCGGCUUCCCAGUCGUCUCCCUGGCUCACAAACGGAAAGGUUAAUUUCACCCCUCCAUACUACUGGCUUUCGCUGGCGUUGAACAUGACCAUGACGGUGGCCAUCGUCAUCCGGCUCCUUUUCUUCCGAUGGAGAAUCUCGAAGGUGAUGGGUAGGAAAUUUGGCUCUCAAUACGUCGGCGUCGCCGCUAUGCUCGUCGAGUCUGCUCUGCUGUACUCCUCCUUCGCGCUUUUGUUCCUUGUUCCGUUUGCAUUAAACCACCCGUUGGCAAACUUGUUCAUUCAAGUGCUGGCUGAGGUCCAGAUCGUCGCACCUCUCAUGAUUAUUUACCGCGUAGCAUCAGGAGAAGCCUUUUCGACCAAUAAAACAGCACACAUGCUUAGCACCAAUGGUGUUGAUGGUGCGGUCAAAGGUAUCAAGCUGUCCAAGCUCACUGAACGCUCAGCAACAUUGGAUGGUGGCCCACACAGCUCCUCAAAGCUGGCAGUCAAGACUAAAGAAAACAUGACUUUUGAGAAUUCAUCGGAGCCCUACGUCGUUUAG